UAGAGCAGCUGGAAGGGAAGCGCUCAGUCCUGGCCAAGGAGCUGGUGGAGGUGAGGGAGGUGCUGAGCCCACACCACGCUGCAACGGGACAUGCUACAGGCCGAGAAGGCCGAGGUGGCCGAGGCGCUGACCAAGGGCCUGACCCUGCAGGCUGAGGCUGGCCGCGUGGAGCUCGCGCUCUCCAUGACGAAGCUGAGGGCAGAGGAGGCCUCCCUGCAGGACUCCCUGUCCAAGCUGAGCGCCCUUAAUGAGAGCCUUGCUCAGGACAAGUUGGAUCUGAACCGCCUUGUCGCCCAGCUGGAGGAAGAAAAGGCCACCCUGCAGGGCUGGCAGCCGCAGGCGGAGCAGGAAGCCACAGUGGCACAGGAAGAGCAGUAGCGGCUGGAGGAGCUGCGUCUCAAAAAAUAAUAAUAAU